AUGCCUCCCAAAAGGCGCGGUACACCCGCCGCCACGGCCAGCUCCUCCGCACCGAAGCGCGCGCGCCAAUCCAAGCUCGCCAAGGAGAACAACAUUAGCGCCGAAGAAGAGAAUGAGAUAAAGGAGGUCUUUCACUUGUUCUCGGCGCCGAACGACAGAUUCCCCGACGAGAAGGAAGGGGUGAUUCCUCGCGAAGAUGUGCGCAAGGCUCUGGUAGCACUAGGCCUCCCCCCAACAGACUCAACCGAACUCUCCGACAUCCUGACCGCACUAGACCCAACAGCAACAGGCUUCGUGCCCUACGCGCCGUUCGUCUCCGCCUCCGCGGCGAAACUGCGCUCGCGCGACGACGACGCAAUGGCUGCCGAGGUGGACGAUGCGUUCCAACUGUUUACGCGCGGAUCCGAUGCUCCGAUUAUUACCCUGUCCCAUUUGCGGCGCAUUGCGCGCGACUUGAAGGAAGAUGGGGUUGGUGAUGACUUGCUCAAGGAUAUGAUUCUGGAGGCGAACGGAGGUGCUGGCCUGAGUGCUGGUGUUACGCUGGGGCAGUUUCAUGAUGUUAUGAGUCGGGCAGGUGUUUUCUAG